UGCUAUUUCGCAAUUCGCAACCUUUGACCAUGUCUCCUUACACACCCGUCCCCGUGCCUGCGACCCCGUCGCCAAAUGCUGGGACCUCCGCCAUUGCCAUCACGUCGACUGCCGAGCGCCGAGAGAUCGCAGCGUCAGUGGCCACGACGACAUUUGUCAACUGCCACCUUGCCGCUCCCGCCGUUCUUGAGAAUCAACGAAAGCCCGUCGACUUGGUCGUGGUCCUCGACAGGUCGGGCAGCAUGCAUGGCGAUAAGCUCGCUCUGUGCAAACGCACGAUGGACUUCCUCGCACACCAACUGGCGCCUCACGACCGUGUGUCGCUCGUCUCGUACGACUCGGACGUGACGACGGACAUGCCCUUGACCAAGAUGAAUGACCAAGGCAAAGCCAACCUGGCACAAAAGGUGAAAUGCAUCCAAGCAGGAAGUUGCACCAACCUGAGCGGGGGUCUCGUCGCUGGCGUGGAAGAGGUUCAGCGGCCCACGCGGCUGGACAAUGGAGAACCAAAUCCAGUUCAGUCCGUCCUGCUCCUGACCGACGGUCAGGCCAACGAAGGAGUGACGGGACCUGACAGUCUCGCCAAGCUGCUUGGUGAAUUGCUUGGGCCACAAGUGUCGUUGCACACGUUUGGCUAUGGCUCGGACCAUAACGCGACCCUCCUCGGUCGACUGGCGGACAUCGGCCGCGGGUCGUACUACUUUAUCCAGAACGUGGAUGGCGUGGCAUUGGCGUUUGCGCGAUGCCUGGGCGGUCUUCUCAGCGUUGUGGGCCAGAACAUCAAGCUCGAAGUCGUCGCGUCCCCUGGUGCAUUGAUUGCUUCCGUCAAGACCAAGCGGCCAGUGAUGACGGUGGCCGACAAAGUGCACGUGGAAAUUGACUUGGGCGACAUGUUUGCCGAGGAGUCGCGCGACGUGCUCGUGGAAGUGCAGUUGACUCCCCAAGUGCCGUCUGAAAAGAUGGAGAUCGUCGAGUUUCGGGUGCGCUACGUGAACGUACUGCAGUCGACGAUGGAAAAGGAAACGUCUGUCGUGACGAUCGGUCGCCCUGCUCGUGUCGAACAUGACGACGACGACACCGUGGACGAAGUCAUCGUGGCACAGAAGCUGCGCAUCGCAGCCGUCGAAGCGAUCGAGUCGGCACAAGCUGAAGCGAACAAGGGAAACUUAGACCAAGGCAAACGGUUCCUCCGGUCCGCGAUCGAGCUGGUGCAGCGCGACAUGGCCACGUUGAGCGUCAAUGCCCAGGCGACGAUGGCGAUAUUGCUGGCCGACUUGGACGAAUGCACGGUCAACAUGGCGAGUCAGUCGGUGUACCAGUCCCGCGGACAAGGCCGCACACAGCAGAAGAUUCAAACGCACUGGAUGCAGCGCCAAAACAACGUUGAAGUCGAAGAGGAUUGCCUCCUCGACUGUGACGACGGAUUUGUAAAAUUUUGCAGCAGCAGCAACGACGACGACGAAGACAAGACUGCACCACGACGGCAAGCGGCUGCUCCCGCCCCAGCACCCGGUGGCUACGCGGGCAUUGGGAACGCCAUGCAAAGGCAAAUGAUGAAGAAAGCGUUCAAAGUCACGAAGUAGCUUGUCCAUUCAUCCUUCUAUCUAAUCGAUCCUGUGUCGUUCGCCCUGGCAAUCGCCGGUUUGCUCGCAUGGUUUCAACAGAGCUAGACCGCUCGACGUGCCCCUUUCGAAUCGCCAAGCAGGCGUUUGCAAAGACGUGUGUGAAUAGGGCGGCGCAUUCUUGUCAUGGCAACGCUUGUCGCGACCGAGCAACGGGCAUGAGGUCGUCGCCGCGGCGUCAUUCCGCCGCGAUGUGGAGCACGCCGCCAUGGCAUCAUCCAUCCCCUCUGGACGAGCACAUGGCGUUUGGAUAAAGUUCCAUGCAC